GGUAGCGCCGUGUCCAUGGCGACGCUUGUGAAGCCCGCGAGGGGGGAAGCGGCCGGACCUGACGGGGAAGAGGAGACGCGGCGGGAGGAGGCGGGGGAGGGAAUAAAGAUGACUGCAAGAGAAACAGCUACGCGCAAAGGGAUAAUUAUUCCUAAAUCCCGGAAGAGUUUACUUUCACUUGAUGUAAAUGCAGUGUCUCCACAGCAAAGAGAGAGGUAUCUGGCAUUUGCUGAGCCCACUGAGGAACCAGUGAAAUCCAUGCUGGCUUCAGACUGGAUGAUGAUGGAUAAAAUGUCACAUGAGCACUCCAUGUGUGAAAGAGACGCAGAGCAAAAAAAGCAGGCAAGGAUCAUUGGGCUUCUCAAGGCUGCAGAAGCCCGGAACCGCCUUCGAAACGUGAGACUCCGAUUUCAGAACUUGAGAGCUCAGGAAAUAAACCAUCUGAUAUCCUGCCAGAAAACUGCCAGAGGCGCUGUGAGACUGGAGGUGUUUCUCCCACCCCGAAAGAACAUUCAGAAACUAGCAGAUAACUUGGACAGAGUUCAGAGGAGUAGAGUUGAAGCGAUACUAGAAGAUGAAAAUGGCGAAAUAUUCAUUAGAAGAACCUGAAACCUUGGAGGAGCUAGUUAGAAAAAUGUACCAUAGUGACUGAACCGGGAGUGAGCCCCUAGGAGAGCCAUAGGUUGUCUCAGCUACUGAUAAUUACUGUUAAAUAAACUACUCCAGUUUCUUCUCAUGGGCAUCCAAAGAUGUGCAACAAUUUAACCUAUGACAGGCAGAUCCACAGAACUUACCAAGGAAUGGAAGAUUCAGCAUGGUGGGCCAGAUUCUAACUUCUCUUACACAGAUAUAAAUCCAGAAUUACUUGAUUGACUUCAUUCUGCUUACUCUGGAUUUACCCCAGCAUUUCUGAGGUCAGAAUUUGACCCUGCAGCCUUCCUCAGUAAGGUACUCACUUGAUUAGUUGGAAAUAGGGACCCUUUAGUGUUAAGCCAAAUUGUAUGUAUAACAAUGACUUUCAGCCUUUACUAUACAUGGGUGAGAAACAUCAGUGCCAUUACCAACAUUUUCUUGUGGUCUGUCCUUGGCCUUGUAAUAUUAAAACUGUGAAGUAUUGAAAUGCUUGCUUGCUUACAUAGUCAUGCCUGUAAUGUCCUUUAGUCUGAUGCCUCCACAACUUAUAGACAGCAGGACACCCCUGCAUGUUUUGAGGUGUGUCAAAUAUUACCCUGUAAAAACCCUGCAAUAAAGGUAACAAUGGAUGCAACAAA